AUGUUGUUGGUUGAACUGUGUGAGAGAUUCACCUUUUUUGCCACUGUGUGCAACAUGAUUCUGUUCUGUACACUGAAGCUCGGGUACCAGUACCACCAGGCAGCUAUUGCCAACCUCUGCUUUGUAGGUGCCUCCACGUUAAUGCCUGUCCUUGUUGGUUGGGCUGCAGAGCUGAUUAAUGCAAGAACAAAAAUCAUCUACAUCUGCAUAUUCCUGCACUUCACAGGAACUGUCAUGCUGCCUGUAGUUGCAUUUCCUUUUGAAGAUUUUUACAUAGACAAGCAUCAUAUUGCUCACACCCUGGCCAAGAAACACCAGAUACUGCUAUUCUAUGCCGGAUUAAUAAUGGCAUCCAUUGGUACUGGAGGAAUUCGCUCCAUUGUCUGCCCAUUCAGCGCGUAUAACCUGCAAGGCUACAGACAGAAGGAAAUUAUGUCAUUCUUUAACUGGUUUUACUGGUUGGUGAAUGUGAAUUGCCUGGUUGUGUUUCUUGGGAUUUCUUACAUCCAGCAGUCAGUGGCAAAGAAUCUCGGAUUCCUUAUCCCCUUCAUUUCAGUAGUUAUGGCACUGAUCACCAUCCACAUGGUGCGUAACGAGCUCAUCUACAAGCCGGUGAAAGGUGGCUCUCUGCUCACUACGGCUGGCGUCUUCCUGAACGCGGUAAGAAUGUGCUGUGUUCACUAUCGUCAUGUUGGUGGCUGUGUCUCCUCCUGGCUGGAUCGUGCUAAGGAACAUAAUGGUGGUCGCUAUAGUGAAUACCAUGUGGAGAACACAAAGGCACUGAUGAAACUUCUGCCCCUCUUCACCCUUCAAAUUGUUUACCGAAUUUGUGUCACACAGGUCCCUGCUGGAUUUUUCAUUCAGUCAAUGAAUUCAAAUUUGAGUGUGAGCGGAGUUCUUUUGCCAAUCGCAGCAAUGAAAAUUGUUAGCAUUAUCCCGCUGAUAAUAAUGGCCCCCUGUCUAGAGAGUGCCAAUGCAUACCUGUCUUCCAGACGUGGCUGUGGACUUCGACCCUCGACAUCCAUUGGUAAGGAAAACACACUCAGGCUUCUCUGUGGUAACACAGGCAAAUAUUUAACCACUUGCCUACUGGGCACUUUUACCCCUUUGCUGCCCAGGGCAAUUUUCAGCAUUCAGCGCUGUUGCACUUUGAAUGACAAUUGUGCAGUCAUGUAA